GCCUACGCUCAAAUAUCCUGGCGCCAGUUGCUCCCUCUUCGCCCGUACGCGUAGUACGCUGUAGGUUGCACGCGCGCGGACGCUGGCGUAGCCAUCAGUGCGUAAGCGUUGGACGUGUGCUCGCGUGCCGGUCCGCCGUGACAUGGAUGGGGGGCCCACUUGGCCACGCGGCCGCCACGUGCGUCGGACAUGCGGGCGCUGGUGGUUUGUGUGUGCCUCUACCUCAACCACGCAGCCAUGGCCAGCAUCGGGGUCCUGUCGAGGUCGAAGAACUUCACCUUGGACCCCGACCGCGAGGUGUCCGAGCGCGAGUUCUGCCGCCAGCACAGGAGGGACCCAAGCGUGCGACGCUUCUGCGUCUCGGAGCCGGCCGUGAUCCACACAAUCGUGCAAGGCAUGCGAAACACGGUAGACACCUGCCAGAUGCUGUUCAAGUGGGAACACUGGCAGUGCGACCUGCUCCAGGAUCGCAAGAACCUUCUUAAGAAAGUGUACCCCGAGACGGCCUUCGUGUACGCCUUAACGGCGGCCGGCGUGGUGCACAGCGUGGCCCAGGGUUGCAGGACGGGCCGGCUCAGCCAUCGCUGCUCGUGCGGCGAGUCCGGCCGCGAGGAGCCGGAGGCCUCUCCGGGUCUGCAGCAGGGCUGGAAGUGGGGCGGCUGCGGGGACAACUACCCGUUCGCCGCCAAGUUCGUGCGGCGGCUGCUGUCGCGAGAGUCCGGCAAGAGGCCCCGCACCCUGCGGAAACCCGUCGACACGCACAACAUCAUCGUGGGAAUCAGGACGUUGAGGCGCGGCAUCCGGCCCGUCUGCAAGUGCCACGGCGUGUCCGGCUCGUGCUCGCUCAAGACCUGCUGGCGGGAGCUGGCGCCCUUUCCCGAGGUGGCUCGACGGCUGAAGCGCAAGUACAUCCGCGCCGUGCCGGCCGAGAUCGAGAACAAGCCGGAGUUCGCCGCCACGGACGUCGUGGCCAAGCCGCGCAAGGUGCCGGCCGCCACGGCGGGCACCACGCAGAGGCCCAAGUGGCUGGCCGCGGUCACGGCUCGGCUGCGGAGGCUGGGCAGGGACCGGCUCGUCUACCUGGAGAAGUCGCCGUCCUUCUGCGAGCCGAACCCGCUGACCGGCAGCGGCAUGACGGGCCGCCGCUGCCGCGACCCGGACCACUGUAACAAGGUGUGCUGCGGCAGCGAACACCGCAGCUUCAACGAGGUCGUCUACGAGACCUGCCAGUGCCGCAUGGUGUGGUGCUGCAAGCUGGAGUGCAAGACUUGCGAGAACGUCACCACGGCGUACGCCUGCUUGUGAAACGCGUCGUGCGGGUUCCCCGUUUGUGUGUGUGUCAAUUAGUCGGAGACGCGCUUGCGUCAAAAUGGUCCGAGUUGCCGGACGAUGCGCCAGAAACGUGAUUAAUCCGAGUGUUGGAAGCUAUUGGAAUCUUGUUGGAUGCGGCAGAUGUUGGCACUAUAUUCGCAUACGUCGGAUAGGAUGGUUUUCACGCAGGUGUGUCUCGCGUUUCGGCCGAGCGCUCGAUAAGUGGCGAGGUCGUUCUCUUAUAUGCUGCAAUUCCGCAGCGAAACUUAGUGGGUUGCACUCACUGAAGCUUUUGAAAUGCGCUUCUUUAUUUCUA